AAAGUUAACUUGAAGGACUACAUUUAUCAUGAUAUGACCUUCAACUCAUGUUCAAUUUAUGGACCCCAAAAUUAAGCUACAAUCUGAUGCAUUUAUCAAAAUGUGUUUCUAAAGUGAAGACUCCCAACUCUAACUGAUAGCGUGAUAAUUUAAGAGUGUUUUUUUAGCCGUGUCAUUUGAAGUUAAAAAUUCUUACUAUCCGUUUCCAACUCUAAAUUCAUACUAUCCGUUUCCCAUUCAUACUAUCCUUACAGGAGAAUCCACCGUCCAAGAGGUGCUUAAACCAUGAGCAGCCAAUUAUUACAUCAUUGACUCUGAUCAUCUGUCACCCUAUGAAUGAUAAAAUCCCAUAUUAGAAAGUCACCUAUGCGAGAGGAUCCAGCUUCAAUUGCUUCACUCCCUUCUAUCUUUUCUUUGGACAUAUGUCAUCCAAAUUGUAUACAACUGGAUCCAGCUUCAAUGUCUUCACUCCCUUCUGUCUUGUCUUUUUAUUGGACACGUGUCAUCGAAAUAGUAUACAGACUGUUACUAUAUGACUAUACAUAGAGAGUAGUUAUUCUUUACUUUAAGUGCAGCUGAACUGGACUCCAGUAGUGCUUUUGGCCCAAUUUUUUGAAUGCAAAAAUGUACAUAUCAUCACAGGCCAUAUGUUUUUUUUUUUUUUUUGGUAGAAACAGGCCAUAUGUGAAGCCUACCCUUACUGAUAGGUGAUCUGGGUUCCCAACCAUUUCUUCUUCUACUCUUUAGAUUCCCCUACCCAUUAUAAAUAUCUCAACUGUUCUCCUUCUUGAGUCCAUGCUUCCUUUCCAUUGCUACACCUCCUCCUCCUCACAUCCCCUCUCUCUCUAGAUCCCUCUCUCAUAUGGAAGCAAAGCUUGUAUCACAGCAUAUAAUUGUUUCCUCUAUUAUAAGAGGUGGCCAAAAAGUGAGACGGAAGAAAGAGUCUUCUCCAGUAAUUGUUGGAGUAUUGUUGGCAAGGCCUGCAGAUACCAUCUCCAAAUCUACUGACCCAGGAAUUGCUUAUAAGGACACCUGGUUUGAUCUUAUCGCCAUUAACUAUCUCUCUCAGACUCUCCAAUCUACAACAGGGAUCAGAAAUAACAAGAGUGGCUAUGAUAGCUUAGUGGAGGCGGCUACCGCGGCGGCGCAAAGCUUCAAUCCCAAAGAACAACAGGAAGUGGUGGUUGGAGCUUUGGAGAGAGCCUUCCCACAGCCCAUCCUCUCCAUGAUCAGGACAUUGACUCCACAGUCCAAAUUUACAAGGGAAUGCUUUGCUAUCUUCACCACCUUCUUUUUCGCUUGGCUCAUUGGACACAGUCAGGUAAAGAAAUCAGAGGAUGGAAAAGCAGAGAGGAACGUGGUCCACAUCAAGAAAUGCAGGUUUCUGGAGGAGACUAAGUGUGCAGGGAUGUGCAUCAACCUCUGCAAGAUGCCAUCUCAAAGGUUCAUUAAGGACUCCUUAGGGAUGCCAAUCAAUAUGGUACCCAAUUUUGAAGAUAUGAGUUGCGAGAUGAUAUUCGGAGAGGAUCCUCCGGCACCAGCUGAUGAUCCAGCAUUGAAGCAACCAUGUUACAAGAUGCUAUGCAAGGCAAAGCAAAAGCAUAGUAUGGAUUGCUCCAACUAGUGAAAGGAGGAUGUGGAUGGACAACAAUUUGAAAUGUUAUUAUUUUCUGCUAAUAUACUGUAUUACAUAUUGACUUUGGAAUCUUGAGACCUCACUCAUUGGAUUGAAAGUUUUAGCUUUGAUCUCAAUCAAAUCCCAAUUCAUAA